CGCCCGCUCCGUCUUCUAGCUGGAUCGCGGGGCAAGCGGGCAGUCAGGGGUUGGAGAUUGCGGCAUGGAAGAUCCGCGCUUUUUAGCCACUUGUGGUGGUCACUGAGGGGUUUGGUGGUGGUUGUUGGCUCUCUUCCUUGGAGGGUUGCACCGCCGCGUGCGCAAGCGAUCGAGAGAGGGAUUCAUCUGCUUUGUGGUGGCGGUGGUGCCGCGAUGGACUCCGGCAACAGCGGCAGCCUCCAGUCCUCCAGCGGCGGCGAAGACGACUUCGACUCGCGGGGAGGCGGCGGCGGCGGCGUCGACUCCUCCCCGCUCUCCGCCCUGCUCCGCCCUACGCCGUCCCCGUCCUCCGCCGGCGCCUUCUCGCUCCACGGCUCGCUCUACGGCCUGCAAGAUUUCACCUCCGCGCCGCCGCAGCACCAACAACAACAACAUCAUCAGCAGCAGCAGCAGCAGCAGCAACAGCAGGCGGCAUGGUCCUCGGCGCAGUACAUGCCUGGAGCGCCCUCCUCCUCGUCCCAGCGCGCCGCGCCGCCAUCCGACGCGGGCGUGGGUUCCAGCGCGCACCACCAGCCGCCUGAUGUGUCGGCGGCGGCCGCGACGGCCCCGGCGCCGCCGAGGGGGUCGCGGAAGCGGGCGCGCGCGUCGCGCCGGGCGCCCACCACGGUGCUCACCACCGACACCUCUAACUUCCGCGCCAUGGUGCAGGAGUUCACCGGCAUCCCCAACCCGCCCUUCGCGGCCGGCGCGGGGGUGCCCGGCGCGCCCUUCGGGACCCGCUUCGACCACAUCUUCUCCUCCUCCUCCAACGCCGCACUCCGCUCCGCCGCCGACCCAACCUCCUCGCUGCCGCCAUACCUGCUCCGCCCGUUCGCGCAGAAGCUCCAGACCGCGCAGACACCGUCCCCCUUCGCGUCCUUCGCGUCGCCGUCCUCGUCGACGCCUCCCGGCGGCCCCAAUGCCAAUGUCAAUGCCACCAUGGGCACGGCCGCCGCCACCACAGCCAACCAGCGCGCCGGCGACGACUUCCAGCUGCCGUCGUCCGCGCUGCUGCGGAUGCAGCAGGACCACCAGAGCAGCAGCAGCUACCUCUCCUUCCAGAACCUGCUCGGCUCCACGCAGCCCACGUCGCAGCAGCAGCACAUGUUCGGCGGCAUGUCGCACGCGGCCCCGCGGAUGCACGACCAGUCGCCGUCGCAGCUGCUGUCUGGGCUCACGCACGGCCACGGUGGGAUGAUGGUCUCCGAGGGGAUGCAGCACAUGCACCAGCAAAGAACCGACGUCCACCAGCACCAGGGCGGCGACGAGCUCUCGGGCCUGGUCCGGGCCGGCGCGUCCGGGAGCGGCAGCUGCAAGCCCAACUACUCGUCCCACCCCGGCGCGUCGUCGUCGUCCGCCGCCGCGGCCAGCACCGACGCGCCGCCGGACGCCGCCUCCCGGCCCGGCCGAGGCGAGGGGCCGCUAGACCCGUGGCUUUGUACAUCCGAGUAGUAGAGAAAGGUGCAUGGUAGCUGCUCGAUCUCCAGUCCAGCUCGCUCCCCGCACACCAUGCAUCGCCAACAGCAAAGGUCUGAUUAACCUUUUUAAUUAGCAGUAUACUACCAUGAUCGUUUUGUUAAUUUCUCCCAUUUGCCGUCGGCGGCCUGUACAUUAGAAUUUAGAAACCUCUUCAUAUUUGGAGAUCCCUUCACUCAUAGUAGAUACAAAAUGUCGCGUAUCCAAGGCGAGCAGAUAGAGUGAUGAUGGUGCAAUUCCAAGCAUUGGUUUCACUUUCA